CCCCCCCCCCCCCCCCCCCCCCCCCCUUCCCCUUCCCUCCCUCUCACCACGGUGCUGGACGUCAUGAGCAUAGUAAUCCCUCUGGGAGUCACCACACCAGAUACAUCAUACUCAGACAUGGCUGCUGGAUCAGACCCCGAGUCGGUGGAAGCAAGCCCCGCCGUCAAUGAGAAGAAUAACUAUUCCAAUCCCAGCUGUGGGACCGCUCAGAAUCAUGGGUACCGAGGAUUACCCUACGCAGAUCACAACUAUGGCGCCCCCCCUCCCCCCACUCCGCCAACGUCCCCAUCCACACAGACCAUCAUCCCGCGUGUGGAGCUUAACGGGGUGCACUCGCAGUACGUGGACAAUUCGGCUGACAGUGACAGCUCCUCUGACGAGAAUGGUUGCAGGUGGUGUCACUGCAGCCUGACACAGGACGGCUUUGUCAUUAAAUGUGAAAACUGCAGGGGUUUAGACAGGCGGAAAGGGAUCGGAGUCCAGCGAAGAAAACAAGAAAAUGUGUCUGGCGGUGAGAGUAGCGCCACAGAGAGUGGGGAUGAGGAGGUGACCCCGCCAGCGGUGUCCUACACUGCCACGCAACACACUCCUACCAGCAUCACUCUCACCGUCAACCGCGUCAAGAGAUCCAAAACCAAAAAGAGGAAGAAAAGCACGGAGAAAACCCGCAGCGCCCCAAAAGCAAAGAAAAUCAAGGUAUCGGCACCUCCGGCUUUCCGAGAAGGUUCUAGGAAAUCAAUGCGAAUGAAGAAUUCAACGACGGAGGCUAACACCCUGGAUGAGAACACGACAGAGGGCUGGGAGAACCGGAUCCGGCUCUGGACAGAUCAGUAUGAAGAAGCUUUCUCUAACCAGUACAGCGCGGACAUUCAGAACUUACUGGAGCUGCAGCGCAUCACCAACAAGGACUCUGUGGGGAAAAACGCAACAAUGGACACCAUCAGCAAAACUGAGUUAGCCUGUAACAACACAGUCAUCGGCUCUCAGAUGCAGCUCCAGCUUGGGAGGGUAACGCGAGUGCAGAAACACAGGAAGAUACUUCGAGCCGCGCGGGAUCUGGUGCCGAAUACCCUGAUCAUAGAGUACCGAGGGAAGGUCAUGCUGAAGCAGCAGUUUGAAGUCAAUGGGCAGUUCUUUAAAAAACCAUACCCAUUUGUACUGUUUUACUCCAAGUUUAAUGAGGUUGAGAUGUGUGUGGAUGCACGGACAUUUGGAAAUGAUGCACGGUUCAUCAGAAGGUCCUGCACACCCAAUGCUGAGGUUCGGCACGUGAUUGCUGAUGGGAUGAUCCACUUGUGUAUCUAUGGCAACACUCGCAUCACAAAGGAUACCGAAGUAACCAUUGGCUUUGACUACGAAUUCAACAACUGCAAUUACAAAGUGGACUGCGCUUGUCAUAAAGGGAACCAGAACUGCCCGGUGCAGAAGCACAACCUGAGCCCUAUGGAGCCACUGCCACCUCCUCCUCCCCCUCCCACACCCCCACAGGUGGGAGCAAUGACCAGACGCAGUAAAGCCAGGCGGAAAGAGCUGGAGGUGGGCAACCAGGACAACGUGUCAGAUGAGAACAGCAACCAGCAGUCUGAGGACCUGAAUGAUUCCAAAGAGUUCCAGGGACUUGGAGCUGCGGGCAGUGACGCAGAGGAGGGAGAUGAUAGGUUGAAGCUAGAAGAUAAUGAAGAAAUUGAAAAUGACGAGAAUGCAAUCCUAAAUAAACAGUCACGGGAUGAUCGGAAAGCUGAAGCCAUCAUGCAUGUGUUUGAGAACUUGGAAAAAAGGAAAAGGAGGAAUAUCCAGAGCCAGGAGAGGAGCUGUAGCACUUCAGGGGCAGCUUCCAGUCCAGCAACACCCACGGCACAGGAGCCUAAACUAGAUACCACCGAGACUGAGGAUCCCAAUCUUGCCUCAGCAGUGACGCAGACUCCCCAAAACACCGGGGUGGGGGUCAGUACCCGCCGAUCCGCUCAGAGCACAGAUUUGCCAGUGGUGGAGAAGCCACCUGCUAAGCCUGCUCCUGCCAGGUCUUCCAAGCCACGGCCAAAGAGCCGCCUCUCCCGAUACCGCUCCAGCUCCUCACAGCGAGCACGGCGACAGCGGCAGGCAAUGGCUCAGCAGGCAGCAGAGCAGGGGCAGGUAGCCAUGGAAGAGGGGAUACCAGGGGUCUGUGGUGCUGAGCAAGGGAGCACAGAAGGGGGACUGGCCAGUGGACUUCCCCUUGAUGUAGAUGGAGCAGCUGGGACUGCUGCUGGAUCCCUGGGUAACCGAGCAAACCUCCGAUACCCCAGGACUAAAACGUACCUGGUGACGGAGUGGUUGAACGAUAAGGUUGCUGAGAAGCCCGAAUCCCCGAUCGACUGGCCACUAAGAAUAACCACGGACCCCACAGUGCUGGCCACUACCCUGAACAUGCUUCCCGGUCUCAGCCACUCACCUCUCAUCUGCACAGCCCCCAAACACUACAUCCGAUUCGGCUCCCCCUUCACACCCGAGAGACGCAGACGCCCUGUCAUCCUCGAUGGAACCUACGGCUCCUGUAAAAAGCGUUGGAUGAAGCAAGCAUUGGACGAAGGCAUGUCAGCCAAGACCGGGGAUAGUGGAACGGAGUCUCAGUCAUCACACCAAAGUCACAGCUGCAGCAGCACCUCAAACCCCAGCCCCUGUAACACAGAGUUAACAGCGCCCCUUAAGAAACGGAAAUCAUAUGUGCCGGAGGGAAGCACCUCGGAGCUGCUGCGACCGCUCUCCCCCAUCACCCCCCCUCCACCCUCGUCAGAUACUAUGAGCCCCCUGUUGGCAGCUUCUUGCGCCCUUCUCCUGGGAGGGGAAGAGGACAAGCACAAUGGAUACAUGUACUCUCCCCUUCACUCCCUUGCUGCUAGUCGCUGUAACACCCCGCUACAGUUUGAGAACAUAUCCUCCCCUGAGAGUUCCCCUGCGCAUAGGCCCGAGUCCCUGUCACCAGAGCCUUGUCUCCGAACAGAUUUUGACCAACCCCAGACAACUUAUCCUGAUCUGUCUGUUCCCUCUGGCAUGACGAGCCCUGUCCUGUCUGCGACAGGAUCUUCUGAGGAUUUUGUUUCUGUACAGACACCCCUUGUUGCUGGGGUGCCAUUCAGCAGUACAACUGAUGCAGUCUUCAGUGGGAGGAGCCUGGAGUGCCAGGCCCAGGCUAAGGAGCAGGCAUUCAGGACAGAGUUUAAUCUCAUCUACGCCUGCUCCCCUUUGAACGCUAACUUGCUAGCAUCCGGGAACCUUGCAGAGGGAAUGGGGCGAGGGUCUGCUGUUGGCAGCGACAGGAGAACAUCCCUGUCAGAAGGGGGGUUCUCCCCUGGAGAAGCCUUUUUUGGUCGACAGUGUCAGGGACUCCUGAACGAGCCUGCCCAGGGUGCAAUGUCCCCCUAUGGAGAUAGACAGUAUGUUUACUCCGAGAGCGGAACACCACCCCAUAACCCACCACAGAAAAAGAAGGUCUCUCUGUUGGAAUACAGAAAGCGGAAGCAAGGAACGAAGGAGAGCUUCCCAGGCGAGCCAGGUAAAUCGGUGGGCACGCCAACCAGGUCCAGCAGCAGCUGCAGCAGCAACGCAGAGUCCCCUCAUGUCACACGCACCACGCUGCGGCACCCCACCUCCCCACAGAGUGGCUUCUCCUCCCCGGUACACCCCUCCAUCCCUCAGAUAGAGGAGGUCAGCCCCCCAGAGCCCUGCACCAGCCGACACUUUGGAGCCUCAGCAGCUGGCUCCCACAGCAAACCUCAGGACACCAUCAGCAGCCGCUGGAUGGUGCCCACAUCAGUUGAGAGACUACGAGAGGGUCAGGGGGUGCUGGAGAGAGUCUUGCGGGGGGGCAUGAAGAUGGAGCGUGUGCUGAAGAGAGUGGAGUCCACUUCAGGAGAGUCCAGGGAGAGAGACUCGGAUUUCACAGAGGGGGAAAGUUUAGAAAUGCAAGCCAUUUCUUGUUCUAGAGGCUCACCUAUACACAGCCCCCAAAGAUACAGCCACAGUCCCUCCCAAUACAAUCACCAGCUGCAGCCAGUUCAUUCUGAAGGACACCAACCAGAACCUCAGACUUUACUACAGGAGAGCAUGUCUCCAUUUAGAGGCCACGGCAGCACAUAUAGCUAUUCAACACCAUCACCUGGACAUGGCUACAGGCCCACAACACACACAAUGAGCCACGGGGCAACCCAGAGCCAGCUAGAUCCCUCACUUCAGCCUGUAUCCUACUCCAGCCCUGUCCAUUAUUCUUCCUCCUCCUCCUCCUCCUCCUCAUCUUCCUUGGACUCCUCUAUGGUGCCUAUUGGCGGGAACAUCAGACACUAUGGAAGCAGUCAACAGCAUUCUGGAAGCAGCAUACAUUUGUAUAGUGGCAGCCAUCUAAAGACAAGCCUGCUUUCUAGCCAGUCCAUGGCGGUAUCUGCUGCCUGCUCGCUUACACCGGGCAACCACAAAACUGUAACAACAGACUCAAGCGUGGUUCUUCCAGCCACCAGUGCUGCUUCGGUUAAUGCCACCUCAGCUUCACAGAGCUCCAGACUGUCACAAUCUGACUUACGAACCUUAAGCCCAGUCAGCCCUGGACAAACUGUCCUGCAGUCUGGAACCAGACUAUUAGCAGCAGCAGCAGCCAACUCACAGCACUACCAACAUCGGGGAACAGCAUUGAGCCAGUACCAGCAUCCACAGAUACAAGGAUCCGGAGUACGGACACAAUCGGGAACCUAUUAGAUUAAAAUAGACAUAACCUGUGGGAUGUAUGGACCAAACAGUCAUUUGGGAUUGGAUUUCCACCAGGGCCUGUUUUUAUAUAGACUUUUGCUUUACCAAAGGCAUAAUAAGUAAUGAACAGGCCUUGGUUUUAAUUACAGUACGACCAACAACAAAAAAAAGACUGUAUAGAAUUUCAAAUACCCCGCCCUGUUCACCUUUAACUCAGAUUGACAGAUAAUGUGCAAAUAAGAGAAAUAGAAAACAAAAUAAUGCAUGUACCUGUUGUUUAGGUACAUAAGAAAAAACAAACAGAAGCAGAAAUAAUUUGGUUAGACGUCUUAUUUGGUUUAACCAAAACAUUAGUCAGUGGUGCAGUAAAAAAAAAAAAAAGUUUAUAUAUAGGUGGAUAAUGUAAAAAAAGAACUAACAAAAAAAGCAGAAACAAAUCUAUUUGUAGCAUCAGGUAUUAAUGCACGGGAAUUCAAUGGAGCGAGAAGAGUAACUCGUAUAGACGAUCAUUCCAGAUGAUUGCCAGCUAUUUUUUUUUUUUUUUUUCCACACACGAGUAUACUGUAAUAUUCUGGAGUUAGACUAUUUUUUUAUUUAUCUAAUUUUAAUUUCAGUUAUAACCGUUCUAGACUAGCUAUAAAGUACUUGACCCAUACAGAUAUUAUAAUCCACAGUGCUGCAGUGACCUUUUUAUAUUUUCCACACAUUCACACUGCGAGUUCCUCAAUCUCCUUUGUUGUUCAUGAGGAAUUUGGAAAUGUUUUUUGUUUUUUUAGUGACUGUUACAAACUUUCAGUAUAACUGAGUGGGGGAGAGAUGGCUUUCUAAAGGUGGUCAUGCUCUUUUUGAAACCUGUAAAAUUGUAAGUUGUUGGAAUUUAAGAUCAUGGGUUUUUUCUCUUUUUUUCUCCUCCAUUCUGUACACAGUUAAUUGUAAAAGCAGAUAGUUCAUUUGGGUUAAAUCUCCAGUGUCCCUUUGAGAUGCUGUCUCAUUAACUGAUUUAAACAGACCAAUAAAUAAAUAAACAAAAUUGUGUAUAGAGCCUUCACAAAAUGUUCCACCUUUGCAUCCACCGUACCGGAAAAACAUUACAAUAAAUCCCAUUUUAUGAUCUUGAUGUGCUGGUAUUUGAUGUUUAACUCCUCCCACCAGUGUAGAUGGCAUAACAAUUAACACUAUCACCUUUUCCAGCUCUGCACUUUCACCACAACCCUUUGAAUGAAAAAUUAAAUAUUAAGACUGACCAGAAUCUUCUGAAACGCCAAAUAUCUGCACCUUUUUUUAUUUUAUUUUUUUGUAUCUGAAUGUAUAUACGCAUGUGUGCAUAAAUCGAGUUUACUGUAUAUCCCAUCAGGGUUUCCUAUUUCAUUCUGAAUGUUCGGAAUUCAUGAACGUGAAAUGCGUUUAGACAGACUCAAUCUUGCACACUGAUUUCCCUGCUUAUUGGUGAACCUACCAGCAGCAUUUUGAAAGGAGAUACUGCAUUUUUAAGUCAAUGGUGUUUUUACACAGAGUUGUAACAAUUUAGAUUUUCCAAAAAUAAGAUGUCAUUUUUGAUAAUAAAAUACUCCUGUUGAUAAUCAAAA